AUGCCCCAACUGACGCCCGAGAAAGUGACGACGUCGCGCGCGGCAAGGGCUCGCUUUCGCCCUAAGCAGCGGAUCAGUCACACCAAGUCUCGCAAUGGCUGCUUUACUUGCAAGCAUCGUCACGUCAAGUGCGAUGAGGAGCGACCCAAAUGCGGUUCUUGCUGGGUCCGCGGCGACGAGUGUGUCUUCCCUCCCCAGGCCGGCACACGUGACGUGAGAGGAAGACGCUCGCCCGCUGCACGCGAGAGACUCUCGUCAGUAGCUGCUCAAGUCUCUACACGAGAAGAUGAGCGCGAGACUCUCCAUGGGUCUAGCGAUCCGACAGCGAGGCUUCCUGAAGAUCUGCCCAAUGUCACCAGCCAGCCGAGCUCAGACCUCAAUAUGGGGGAUCUGAAUCUCCUUCAACAUUAUCUUCUGAAUACAUCGAGGAAGAUGACACUAAAUAAGUCGAAAUGCGUGAUCUGGGAGCGAAAGAUUCCCGAAUUGGCCGCCACGAACGAAUUUCUCAUGCACUUUCUCCUGGCCCUGGCCGGCAUGGAUAUCCUGAUUACAGAGGGCAGCCUCCAUGACCCUGGGGCCCGCGACUCCGUAUCGACCCCGGCAUCACUGAGCUCGCCUUGGUUGCAUACCAUCGUGGAACACCAUCAACGGGGGAUAGCUGGGUUUCAAGAAGCACUGGACGCUGCCGAGGAGUCGAGUCCGGAGGCCCUGCUAGCCGGUUCGAUGCUGGUGGUGGCCUUUGCUUUUGCAUCAUGUGGAAUUCCAGACCUCGACCCGUCAUUCAACAUGUCUCAGGAUGGUAUUGCUCCCGCUGCCGUUCCGUCACCUCGUGGCGCCAAUCUGGAGUUACCUCGGAUGCAGUGGCUGUAUCUCGUGCGCGGCGUCAUGACGAUUUUGAAGCAAUUCUGGCCAACUUUGCGGAAGGGCCGGCUGAGGUCAUUGCUUCUACUCAGUAACGCCAACGAAGAUUGGAAAAUGUGGGAAUCACAACUGCGCUCGAAUGACUUUUCGCUAACAAACAUUAAAUCCGAGAGAUUACGAAGGUUUGCAUUGGGCGCAAAUCGUGCUCUUGCGGGCUUAGAGGAACUCGUCAACACCUCUCCUUUGAUAAGCUCAUCCGGGGAGGCUCCAGCGGGCUCAUCGGCGAGUAUGACCCCCCAUCAUGACCAAACUCCGUCUCUCGAACUAGCAGCAGCCUGCGACACUUCCGCGCAUCAACACGCUCUGUCUGUGACCGAUUCAUUAUACAUGAGAAUACUGUACGUUCUACAGAUGAGGUCACUUCACACACAGUCCUCGUACGACCUGGAGGUUCAGUCCGAAAUCGAAGAGGCGGACUUUGCGGGCUGGCCCCGGCUCCUUUCCGAUGAAUUGAUUGCCUCCUUGGUGUCAAAUAGACCCGUGGACUUUUUCCGGGGCGCGAGUUUAGUGCUUCUGGCACACUUGUACCUUGCAAUCGCGAUUAUGGACGGGCUUUGGUAUUGUGGCAAGCAAUGCGAUGUUGAGAUUUACAGAAUCUACCAUCUGAUUCUUAGCGCCGGCGAUGAAAAGCUCAUCUCCCUGAUGGCGUGGCCACUUGAUGUAAUUAGGUGA